CCAUGGCAGGUGGGUCCACCUGAGAUGAAUCAGGAGAGGAUGUCACGGGUGUGACCGAGGAGAGGGAAGAGAUGAGGUGGACGACGGUGAGAACUGGCUGCGGAAGCCACUCGCUGGAGUGGCUCGUCAAUGGAAAAUGCUCUCGCCGGGGGAAGAGAAAGAAGAGACCUCUUCCUUGGCCCUUUGCCGUGCCGUUAGGGUAUAAAUACCAUUGCCCUGCCGCGCGAAGCUCCAACUCCCUCGCACUCCCGUCCUCGCGCAGGCCCCUGCUUCCGGUGAAGCUGUUUUGCAAGGUGUCUGUCUAUAUAGAAGCCUGUGGUGAUCGAUACCACAGACACACACUGUGACAAGAUGGGGAGUUCGCGCAACAAGUUCACCUCUCUUCUCCUCAUGUUCUGCCUGGUGGUGCUGGUGAGAGCCGAAUAUGCCAAGUACAAGGAUCCGAAGCAGCCUCUCGCUGUUCGCAUCAACGAUCUGCUUGGUCGGAUGACUCUCGCGGAAAAGAUCGGCCAGAUGACUCAGAUUGAGAGGGUGAACGCCACGGCAGAGGCCAUGUCCAAGUACUUCAUAGGCAGCGUGCUGAGUGGUGGGGGCAGCGUGCCUGCUCCUCAAGCAUCUGCUGGGGAUUGGGCUUCGAUGGUGAAUGAGAUGCAAAAGGGUUCUCUUUCUACCCGCCUUGGCAUUCCGAUGAUCUACGGUAUUGAUGCUGUCCAUGGCAACAAUAAUGCCUACAGAGCUACUAUCUUCCCCCACAAUAUUGGGCUUGGAGCUACCAGGGACCCUAUGCUCGUGAAGAGGAUAGGAGAAGCAACUGCUCUUGAAGUUAGAGCAACCGGAAUCUCUUAUGCCUUUGCUCCAUGCAUUGCGGUUUGUAGAGACCCAAGAUGGGGACGGUGCUACGAAAGCUAUAGCGAAGACCCAAAGGUUGUCCAGGCAAUGACCACACUCAUCUCUGGCUUGCAAGGCGACGCUCCGUCAGAUUACACAGGAAGGCCAUAUGUUGGUGGAAGCAAGAAGGUCGCGGCAUGCGCUAAGCACUAUGUCGGUGAUGGCGGAACAUACAUGGGAAUCAACGCAAACAACACAAUCAUCGAUACGCAUGGGCUAAUGAGCAUCCAUAUGCCUGCUUAUUAUAAUUCUAUCAUCAGAGGUGUCUCCACAGUUAUGGUCUCCUACUCUAGUUGGAAUGGGGAGAAAAUGCAUGCAAACCAUUUCCUUAUCACCGAUUUUCUCAAGAACAAGCUCAAAUUUAGGGGUUUUGUGAUUACAGACUAUGAAGGCAUCGAUCAGAUCACCUCUCCUCCGGGCGUAAACUAUUCUUAUUCAGUUGAGGCUGGAAUUGGUGCCGGUAUUGACAUGGUGAUGGUUCCUUUUGCCUACACAGAAUUCAUCGAUGAUCUGACGUACCAAGUUAAGAACAACAUUAUCCCCAUGAGCAGAAUCGACGAUGCUGUCUACAGAAUUCUUCGGGUCAAGUUCACCAUGGGUCUCUUUGAGAACCCUUUCGCCGAUCCGAGCCUCGCCGGUGAACUUGGCAGCCAUGAACACCGCGAAGUUGCCCGUGAAGCUGUCAGGAAAUCCCUGGUGUUGCUGAAGAACGGAAAAUCUGCCUCCACUCCGUUGCUGCCUCUCCCAAAGAAGGCCGGUAAGAUCCUCGUCGCCGGGAGCCACGCCGACAACCUGGGCAACCAAUGUGGGGGGUGGACAAUCACAUGGCAAGGAGAGCCUGGCAAUAACAAUACUGCAGGCACGACGAUCCUCUCGGCGAUCAAGUCCACGGUCGACCCCGGCACGAAGGUGGUCUACGACGAGGACCCGGACAGCAGCGCCGUGGAUGCCGGCGAGUACGACUACGCCGUCGUGGUGGUCGGCGAGCCGCCGUAUGCGGAGACAGCGGGCGACAACCUGAACCUGACGAUCCCGGAGCCCGGCCCGGCCGUGAUCCAGACCGUGUGCGAGAGCGUCAAGUGCGUGGUGGUGCUCAUCUCCGGCAGGCCGCUGGUGGUGGAGCCGUACAUCGGCGCCAUGGACGCGUUCGUGGCCGCGUGGCUGCCCGGCUCGGAGGGCCAGGGUGUUGCCGACGUGCUGUUCGGCGACUACGGGUUCACGGGGAAGCUGCCGCGGACGUGGUUCAGGUCGGUGGACCAGCUGCCGAUGAACGUCGGCGACGAGCACUACGACCCGCUGUUUCCCUUCGGGUUCGGGCUCACCACGGAGGCGAGGAAAUGAGUCGGAUGCGACGAGUGCUGUAACUGUAAGACAUGAGAUGCUACAGAUGCUAAUCAUGCGCGGGGGACUCCUCUCGCAGCCUUCAAUAAUAAUCUCCACCCUUAUACGA